GGGGAUCUUGAGCCCAUGUGCUCUAGGGCUCUCAACCUAUGGGGUGUACUUUCAUUUUCAACAAAUCUCUGCUUUUGUUGCUUCCUUCUUUCCUUGGAUUGUUUGUGGGUUUUGUCCAAUUCUUUGUUCAAGACGCCAAGAACCUGGACACAUCAACCGAGGCGAAUAAUCCGUUAUGGAGCAUGCCUUUACCCCGUUGGAGCCCCUGCUUUCCACUGUGCCAGCCAGCAGAGUGAUUAUAAUCCCAGCAAUGCGGGUGGCCAAGGGACUUUGAAGUACUGCCUUGUAAUUCUUAAUCAGCCUUUGGACAACUAUUUUCGUCAUCUUUGGAACAAAGCUCUUUUAAGAGCCUGUGCUGAUGGAGGUGCCAACCGCUUAUAUGAUGUCACCGAAGGAGAGAGAGAAAGCUUUUUGCCUGAAUUCAUCAGUGGAGACUUUGAUUCUAUUAGGCCUGAAGUCAGAGAAUACUACGCUACUAAGGGAUGUGAGCUUAUUUCAACUCCUGAUCAAGACCACACUGACUUUACUAAGUGCCUUAAAAUGCUCCAAAAGAAGAUAGAAGAAAAUGACUUAAAGGUUGACGUGAUCGUGACACUGGGAGGCCUUGCUGGGCGUUUUGACCAGAUUAUGGCAUCUGUGAAUACCCUGUUCCAAGCGACUCACAUCACUCCUUUUCCAAUUAUAAUAAUCCAAGAGGAAUCUCUGAUCUACCUGCUCCAACCAGGAAAGCACAGACUGCAUGUAGACACUGGAAUGGAGGGUGAUUGGUGUGGCCUUAUUCCUGUUGGACAGCCUUGUACUCAGGUUAAAACCACAGGCCUGAAGUGGAACCUCAGUUUCAUUUUUGUGCUGAUUCAGAUGUGACCUCUGUGCAUUCAACCAUCCAGUUAAUACACUGAGACAAGAAAGCAAUAACUUUUGGUGAUUACAUGAAUUGUAGAGAAAGAAUCAAGGGUACAGGUGAAUAAAGUUUUGCUCUGGGAACAGCACACUGGUUAUAAUAUUCUACUGGUUCCAAAUAACAGUAUUUUAUACCUUGAGUAAGUCUUUCAUGUAUCUCCCACUUGUCCUUUCUCUAUACUCAUUCCGGUAUAAUGUCAACCUUUUUUAAUGUAAAGUAUUAUUAUCCCAAUUUUAUAGAUGAGAAAACUGAGACACAAGAUGACAGAUAAAUUGUCCAAGUUCAUAUUUUCUUUUUUUUUUUUUUGAGACAGCCUCUUGCUCUGUUGCCCACACUGGAGUGCAGUGGCAUGAUCUUGGCUCACUGCAACCUCUGCCUCCCAGGUUCAAACAAUUCUCCUGCCUCAGCCUCCCAAAGUGCUGGGAUUACAGGUGUGAGCCACCAUACCUGGCCCAAGUUCAUAUUUUCUGAGUCCUCUAAAUACAUAAAAUGGAUUCAUCACUAGUUAUUUACAUAACCAUUUUUAAAAUGUUUGGAUGUGGUAGUAGUGAAAUAGCCUAUCUCCAAGUCAUUUUUCUAAAUUACAAUGAAAUUUUUCUGAAAUUGGGCCAGCCCAAAGACAAAUAAGAGAGCAAAUACCUUAACAGUUUAAAAAAUCAUGUUUUAGGCACCACCCAAGAGAUUCCUUUCUACUCUGUGAACCACAAGUGUACGAGCUAGUAGAUUUGUAGAAUGGGUAAUGUAAGUGUAACUUAGGCUUACUGUGAUAUCUGAUUUCUAGGGUAAUUAUCAACUGUUACCAUUCAUCAUGGUUCUCAAGGAACUUGUGGUAAGGAUUCAAGGGAAGAAAAAAGAUAUACUGAGCAUCCUCAAAGAGGAAUAAAUGGUUAAAACAAUGUUUUUGAGUGUCUCAAGAUUAAAGGGUAAAAAAGAGCAAUGUUAAUAGAGUUAGGAAGACAAGGUUGCAGUAGGUUUAAACUGUAUGCAGGUUUUUCAGCAGUGAGCCACCACUUUGUCUGCUAGAUUCUUUGGAGAUCAAAUUGUGAAAUAAAAAGCUAAAAAUACUUGGAGAACACUAGGCUUAAAUUAAAAAGAAGGGAGAUCAAACUGGAGAAAUGGCCAUUAUGCAGACCAAAAUAGAAGUAUCGGCAUCAGAGAGCUUUUAUAUAUACACCCAUGUAUCCCAAAUAGUUAGUAGUGAAGUGUUUGCAUAGUUCUAUGAAUAUAUAGCUAUACUUUAAGGAAUAUCAAGGCAUAGGUUACAUGGAGAGCAGGUAAAUUCUCAAGCUAAAGGGGUGCAUCAGGGAAUUGUACAGUAUUUUCUUUCCCCUUCCAGAGAAAAGAGUAGACUUGAACUAGAAAGAGAGAUAAUGAUCCUCUGGCUUUGGGAAUAUUAUAAAAGGGUCAAAAAUGAGAACAAAUCCAUGCUUUAUUUUUGUUGUUGUUAACUUUUAGUAUCAGGGUUCAUGUGCAGGUUUUUUCUCUAGAUAAAUUAUAUAUUGUGGGGGUUUGAUAUACACAUUAUUCUGUCAUCCAGGUAGUAAGUACAGUACCCAAUAGGUAGUUUUUCCAUCCUCACUCACCUCCCACCUGCCUCGCAUUCUCUGCCCUCAAGUAGGCCCUGAUGUCUGUGAUUCCCUUCAUUGUGUCCAUGUGUACUCAGUGUUAGCUCCCACCCAGAUCAGUGCUUUAAAUAUCUUGACAAAUAAGUCUCUGGAGAUUAUUGCAUGAUAUAUAACUUCUCUUCUCUGUAUGUAAUUUAUAUCUUGAGUUUUCCUUAAAAUGUAGCAGAGAAAAAGUAUGUAUCUGUUUAUUUCAGUUCAUAAUGAGGAGGGAAGAUGACAAUAGGGUUGAAAGUCUGACUCUGUAACUAAUGACAUAAAUGAUACUGCAAGUAACAUGGAUUCUUCAUACAUACAAAGAGGAUUGAUCGUAUAUAUGAUGAUACAUGAUAUCCAAGGUUUCUUUUGGUUUGAAAACCAUGGCCACUGAAGCCACAGAGAAGGGCGUGAAUCCAGAUUCUAAAUGUCAGGAGCUUGAUAUUCUAAGGAGGCAUCCCUCUCCUCGUUAGGUUUCUGUGUGGCAGCAAUGAACAAUCCCCUUGAGAUGCUGUAAUAGGAUGAGACUCAGGGGACUUUUGCUUGGAAGCAGUGUUGGAGUUGACAUUGUGUUGUGCAUACCCUUCUCCUGUCAGUUUUGUGAGAUGUAGUUCACUGUAUGACAGUGGCUUUGAACAUUGGGGAAGAAGACGUCCUAUGGCAUCUCUACACUUUAUCAUCUCCUGCUGAAGGUUCUCACUCUUCGGAAGUUCACAGCCAAGCGCGGACUGGGAAAUUAUUAUUAUUCCUCAUUUACACUGAGACAGAGUUGAAGCUCUGGCUGCGGUCGGUAAAUCACUUUGAUGAUGAUUCAUUAGCCGUGUUGAGAUCCCCCAGCCGCUCCAGCGCCAGCAUCACACUUCGGCUGUCUUCUCAUCUUAAUUGCAAGGUUUCACUUUUGGAGAAGCACAUCAGCCUUUUCCACUCAUCUGUUUUCUGGACACAUUUAAUUUCAAAUUAGCAAGUUUUCUCUUGCAACUAUCUCUAAAUCUGGUCUCUCUCUCUCUGUCUGUCUCUCUCUCUCUCUCUCUCUCUCUCUCUCUGUGUGUGUGUGUGUGUGUGUGUUAUGCUUAGGAAAAAAGUAUCAAAGCAAGAAUGCUUCCAGACUCUCUCAAACAACUACAGAUGAUAACUAAUUUUUAUCUUAACCAUGAAGAAAUUAGUUAUAUGCAGUGUACAAGUGGCAAGUCUGCCAGGAGAGAUAAUCAAAUUGUAGACAAUUUAAAUUUGACAUACAAUUAAGAAAAAUGUAAAUUGAAACUUGUGGUGUUUUCACUAACUUGUAUCCUACCAAAUGCUGAUUUUCUAGAGAGAACAGUGAAGAGGGGCCAUUUCCUGCCACCAUGGUACAUGCCAAUUACUGUGCGAAUUUAAUAAUUAAGGCUCAUUCCCUAUAGGUGGGUGCAGUACUAAAGAGAGGAAAAAUCUGCCUUGUGCUUGUAGGACAGAGUGAAUGAGGACAGAGAUAGCUCUGGCAGCCUUCCCUCCUGAUCCCCUGCUACUGCCAUGAUGAUAUAAAUAUGAGCUCACUUCUCCUCCAUCCUUACUACGUAGCUCUCUUUCUUUAAAAUGACUAACUUUGAACUAAACUAUCUCAAAAUCUUUUUCAUCUCUAGCAUUAGUCUUUCUUCUUUAUUCUCAGUAGUAGAAUUGUACUAUUUUUGUCCUUUCCUCCUGAGAGCCUAUUAAAAGCAUUUGAGGUCCAACACAUAUUCCAUUUUCCCAUAAUGCAUGACCCCACCCCCUGGUAUUCCCAGAAUGUGUUCUCCCUUUAAUGUCUCCCCUUGCAAUAAUUUUACUCAUCUACAAGGGCCAUUUCAAAUCACAUCCUUCAUGAAGCUUUUAUAACUAAAUGCAAUUUCUCUUUCCUUUGAAUUCCUAAAGUAUACCAUGUAAGUCUUCCAUAUAAAUAGCAUCAUUCUUUGUGCAUAUUUCUUAUUCCCUUGAGUAGAAUGGAUUUGCCUCAAGAAUUUGGUGCUUAUCGUCUGUGUGCCCUCCUAGUCAUCCAGAAUAGUUCCUUUGCUUAUUUUACAUAAUUAAAACCUUAUUUAAAUCAGCAAGUGCAUUUUACCCACAUGAAUUUUGUGAUGGGAUACAGAAUCAAUUGUGCUAUGGUAAAAGAUGUUCAAGCAGGAGUUCUUUAUCAUAACUUUUAAAGCAAUUAGAAUAAUGAAGGAUAAGUUUCAUUUUAAGGGUAAAAAUACUUGCAACCCCUGCCAGAAGUUGAUAUGGUUUAAAAUAAUAUGAUCCAAAAUGUGCCUAUUACAAAUUUGAGUCUGAGUGAGUGUCUGUGUAUGUGUCCAGAUGGGCUUACCUUGGGAGUGGCAAUGGAGGAAUUUUUGGAAAUCAUUGCCUUUUGGGGGGAUUUGGAGUCUUAAAUGAAUCCUCUGCUCCCCCAGAUGCUUUUUUCUGGAUCAUUUCUUUACUGCUCUGAGCAUGAGUCAAGGUCUAAAGCAUUUCAUUAGAUUCGUUCUCCUUUUAGAUGCUGAAAAUUGUACAGAACUCUCAUGUAAGGGCAGGUAUCAUUAUAAAACCAAAGGCAAAUGAAAUUGGUUCUUGCAUUAUUGUGUCCCCAUUCAUGAAACUUGUAAUAUUUGCUUUGCAAAAAAGAAAGAAAACAGAAAAAUCCUAGUUCAGCUUACUCUACUGUUUCCAACAGGUAUUUGUAAUGGUGUUAACACAUACGUAAAAGGUGGGUUUGUGUUUGUUUUAGUUAUUUUGUUUGUUUUAUCCACAUAACUAGGUUGUAUACUCUUUUAGUUUAUAAGCCCUUCAUAUUUUGCUCACUGUACUUAGUAACUUAAUAGUAGAUGCUUAAUUGGCAUUGAUUAAUAAUAGGAUUCCUUAUUAGAGUCCCUGCUUUUAAAUAUACAGACCUUACACAUUUCUCUGGCAUUGUUAACUAGAAGAAGUAACCAGGAAAGGAGUUACUUAGCCUUGAGAAACUCAUAUUUACAGAUUGGCAAAAAAAAAAAAAGAACAGAUUUUAUAGAAAAAACAAAAGGCAAAGAAGCAACAGUGAGUAGACCAGGGAGAAGAAGAGGUUAGCCAAGAAUUAAGCUAUCAUUUAAAGAGGGAUUAAUAAGUUGAAUGCAAAAGAGAUUAAAAUUGUUGGAUUUUUACUAAAGAAAUAUGUUGGUCACUCUUAAAUAUGCAGAGCAGUAACAGGAUAGUAGGAACAGGAGCCACAUUUCUAUUUAUUAAGGAGGUGUUGAAAAGAGUUAAAUGUAUGUUGAAAGCUCAAUGGCAGGAAAUUUAUUAAGCUUUUAAAAAGAAGUUUAUCAGUGAUAAGAGAAGAUAUAUACUUGUGAAGGCUUCAUUAUUAAGGAAGCCUUUAUGUCCAAGAUGAAAGAAGUCUAUUUAUGUUGAAAGAUCAAAAGGACCGGGAAACUCCAGAGAUCCAGAGAGAGAUGGAAGAAAUAGGGAGAGGGUAGGUGGAGUGUAGAAAUGGUAUUCCUCAAGAUGGAAGAUGGAAUUCAGACUGGAGGAGGGAGCCUUUCAAGAAAAGUAUGUGUAGCUCCACCUUUGAACGUAGGGACAAAGAAGGAAAUGAGAGAUGAUGAGUUAGGUAUUAAGGUGAAGACACUCAGAGAUGACAGCACUGCUAAGUGGCGAGAGUCUUUACCAAGACGUGCACCACAGCAUCGGGGAUGAGGCACUGGGUUGAGGGAAGGAUUUAGGAAAUUUCAAAUACUUAUCAAGGAGAGUGGGUGACAUUUUGAAUCACAAGAAGGACUAAUUGUUGAACGUAAAGGAUUCUUCAGUUCUGAAUUUCUCUCCAGCAAAAUUGCAGUGUGAAAUAGCGGGUAGAGUGGACUGGAGCCACUGACUGUGGGCAAGCCUGCUGAGGGCAGCCAUUCUUAAGUGCCACAGUAUGUCUCAAUCACCUGUCAGUUAGGCCCCAAGUACUCUGUAACUAAGUGUAAGUACUAAUGAUUUUGAUUGAGUUUUUAAAAGCUCAUUAAAGCAGAUUAAAAUUCACUCCUAAAGCAAUGCCUCUCACUGUCAAUUUAGUAUGCUUCUUUGAAUUGAAAAGAAACCUGUGGAGUUAGAAUCAGGGUUAUGGAAAUUAUAUGUGCUUUCUCCCUCAUCUGAAGGUGACUCAUGGAUUCAGCUGCUCUUACAGGUUUACCAUUAAUUGUUACGGCAGUGACAAAUUAUUUAGAGGUUUGUGGUUCAAGCUUUAUAGUUAGUUGGGUUUUCUGUGUAAUUUUACUGAUGAAUUGAUUUUUUUUUCUCUAAGAUAAGGUUUCACUCUGUCACCCAGGCUGGAGUGUGGUGGUACAAUUAUGGCUCAUUGCAGCCACCUCCCAGGCUCAAGCAAUUCUCCCAACUCACCUCCCCAAGUAACUGAAACUAGAGGCAUGUACCAUUAAGCCCAGCUAAUUUUUUGUAGAUAUGUGAUCUAUGUGCCCCAAGCUGGUCUCAAAGUCCUGGCUUCAAGCAAUCCACCUGCCUUGGUCUCCCAAAGUAUUAGGAUUGUAGGCAUGAGUCACUGUGCCUGGCCAGAUGAAUGAAUUUUUAAUAAAGAAGGUAUUGGGCAAAAAAUACAAAAAAUUAGGCAUGCUGGUGUGCACCCGUAGCUCUAGCUACUUGGGAGGCCAAAGUGGGAAGGUUGCUUGACCCCAAGAGUUCAAGACUGCAGUGAGCCAUGAUUGUGCCACUGCACUCCAGCCUGGGCGACAGAGUGAGACCUUAUCCCUUUAAAAAGAAAACAAAGGCUGGGCAUGGUGGCUCAUGCCUGUAAUCCCAGCACUUUUGGAGGCCAAGGCAGGUGGAUCACAAACUUAGGGGUUCAAGACCAGCCUGGCCAAUAUGGUGAAACCCUGUCUCUACUAAAAGUACAAAAAUUAGCUGGGCAUGCUGGCAGGUGCCUAUAGUCCCAGCUGUUCGGGAGGCUGAGGCAGGAGAAUCACUUGAACCCAGGAGGCGGCGGUUGCAGUAAGCUGAGAUCACCCCGCUUCAUUCCAUCCUCGGUGACAGAGUGAGACUCUGUCUCAAAAAAAAAGAAGAUGUUAUUGAAUGGAAGAAGAAAAUGAGAGUAGCGCAUCAACAAAUUUCUUGGACUUGUAUUUAAGCAAUCUAAAAAUACAAUGGGAGAUAGAGGGUAGGUCACUUUGCCAUGUCAGUAUUUUCAAAAACAGACAAGUUUUUAAACUAGAAGUCACCAAAUGUGUUUUGUAUACACCAUUUCUCAAUAGAAAAUGUCCCUCUGCUUGGUCUGGUCCUGGGUUCUUUUGUUCUUUUUACCUGUAAAUUCUCCCUAAAUGAUCUUACCAUGACUCAUGACUUUAAAUACAUCUAAAUGUCAUUGUUUCUCAAAUACAUAUUUCCACUUCUGCCCUCUCUGACUAUUCUUCAUUUGUACCACAUUUCCUGGGAUGAAAGCUCACUAGAGCACAGAAACUUCAUCUGCUUUGUUCAUAACUUAUCUCUAAUGCUCACAAGAGCACCGAAUUGUUCAGUAAAUUUUUGCUGAAUGAAUGCCUAAGAACCUUGUCUAACCCAAUGACUAUAAACGACAACCUGAUUUUUGCCCCACCUGUUCUCUGUUUUCCCCAUGUCAGUCAACCACCAUCUACACAUCAGCUCAAACCAAACACCAUAGACUCAUUCUUCCCUUCUCUCUGUCUCCUUGUCCCAUCCUAGUCUAGGUGAUUUCUCUCAUGGAAUCCUGCAUGGUCUCCUUCCUUAUUGAUCACCUUGUCUAAUCAUUCUUGGCAAAACAACCAGAACAAUCUUUCUGAAGCCAAAAUAAAACUAUGUCACUCCCCAGUUAGGCACUCUCUAAUGGGUUCCUUCACAUGUAACAUAAAAGCCACACUCUUACCUACAUCUCAUGACCUGGCCUUUUCUCUCUUUCCCAGCCUAGGUGCCACUUUCUCUUUACUCACUUAACUCUAGUCUCAGUGACCUUUCAGUUUCUGCCUAGACCUUUGUACCUGCUUUUCCUUCUGCCUGGAAUACCAUUUUUCCUGUCUUUCAGUAGAUUCCCACAUUGUAUUAUUCGAGUCUUAGCUUAGAUGUGACUUCUUGAAGGAGAUUGUUUCUAAUAAUCUCCUUCAAAAAGUACAGUACUACAGAUCUACAUUAGCAUGACCAACCCACCAACAAAGCUUCUCCAGCACAUCGCCCUGUUUUGUUUUCUUUAUUGCAAUCAUCACCAUCUGAAAUUAUUGAAUGAGAUUACUGAGUGUCUUUCAAAACAGAAGUUGGGUCUCAAUCAUCUAUACCCGCCAAAACACAAUCACCAUGCCCUAGCCACAGAUGGAUCACUAUAAAGUUUGGAAGGAAGAUGGAGUGGGGUUUAAAUAUUGGUUUUGCCAGUUGCUAGGUAUGUGACUUUGUGUUUCGUGUCUCUAAAUUAUAUUUUCUCAUCUGUAAAACAAAGAAUGAUAGAGAAAAUAACUCUUCAUAGGACUGUCAAAAGGAGUAAAUGAGAUAGUACAUGUACAGUGCUUGGCACACAGUAUAAAUAGUGGAUAUUGUUAUGGUGAUGAUUUUAAUGGGUACCCAAAAUGUCAAUCCCAAUAGACUCCAAGAGUAGCCCAUCUUAAGUGACUAUCUGAGAGCCUAAUAUUGGUGACAUUCUAUAAUACUGACUGUCAUGGAGCCAAUAAUAAAUAUAGUACCAAAAACUCACUGUGAAUUUAGGCCUAUAUCCUUAAUUAAGAAAAAAGUAACAGUAGAAAAUCACUUCUGAGUCUUAUAAAUAGGAAAUUGGAUUUCCUAAUGGGUAAUUUAAAAUACUUUGGGAGCAUAAAUACACCUGGAGCACUCAAGCUCUAAGUUAGUGACUCAGAGAACAAGGGCACAGAAUCCUGAAAUAAACAACAGCAAAUGGCCACUUAAGCACUUAAAGAACAAAUUGCAGAAAAUAAAUUAAUUCAUUUAAAUAUGCAUGAAUCUCCUGAGUGGAGAAUAUGCUGAAAUGGUGCUAAAUGAUUUCUUUUGUUAUGUGUGUUCAGAAGUACUAAUAAUGCCUCACUUUGUGCUUUAUACCUUUGAAGAGAACAAAUCCCAGAAUCUUUUGCCUUUGUAAGUUGUUUUUAAAGGAAUGGAUUAUAAAACAGGAAAUUCUAAUCAAAGUAUACACUGGUCGCGUUGAUUUGGAAAAGUGGAUAUUAAGUUUAUCAGAGGAUAGAUAGAUGGAUCCCUGAGAGAAUGAAAAGUAGUUCUGAUUACAUUGUUUAAAAAAAAAAAAAGGUAGGGGGCCUUUGGGGAGGCUGAUAUAAUUUUGCAGAAACUUUUUAAAAGUUAGAAACUUGCUGACCUUUUGCCUAAAAUACGUGCUAACAUUUAACCAACCUCCCUGAUACUGUGUGGCACAGCAAUUUAAGUUCCAAGAAUCAAUAUACUCAAUUGCAGACCAUAGUGUACGUUUAGAAUAUUUAUCAGAAGUAUUAAUUCAAUUAUUUCAGCUCUCAUCAGAUCUCUUAAUUUUCAUUCUGGGAACCAUAGAGACUAAAAAUCUUGGUAUUUGAUGUCCUUGCAUAUCUAAAAACAAACUUUAUGCUUUUAUAAUUGAAUAAAUAAAGAAAAAGGACCAGGGGUAGGAGGCAGACAUAAUAGAAGCAGAAGUAGACUAUCAAUAAAAGGACUAUAAGAUGCAAAGCUAUGCUCCCUUUGAUCUUUUUAAGGAGAGGGAUUUAAGGAAACUCCUAUUUGCUCUGCACAUACUGAUUGCUAGGCAGCUUCCUUCCAUGGCAGCAUUUCAUCUUUUAUACCAAGGCAGGGAAGGGGAGCUUGGCAGCAGAACAAGAGCUGGAACUGAAGAGACCUGCACUGUGCAGUGGAUGGAGCUGAGAAAGGGAUUUGGCAGCCCUGCCUGAGAACACAAAUAAUCAAAAGAGUUGCCAAGAACCAUAAAACAAGGAGGAUAGGGAUAUGAGCUACACUGACUUGGUUUUCUAAACAUGAAAAAAUAUUAACUCUAUUCAAAGUCUGUUAUUAUGCUUAUGUAUUUCUAUGAUUUUAUUAAAGUAAUUUCUGUUUUGCCUUAGGGCUAUGAAUAGGAUCAAGUCAGGUAAGUUUUGUUGUUAAGUUUGGAAAAACACAUACUUGUUCACACUGGAUUUAAAUAUGUGUACCUUAUGUAUAAAUGCAUAUAUCCCCAUAGUUGAAUAUUUCCUUUGAUGCCAGAAGUUCAUUUUUUUUUCCUUUUGAGAUGCAGUGAUAUGUCACAAUUAUAAAUAAUCUUAGAAAUCUUUUGGAGCACUGUAGAAAGAAACAGGAGCACAUUCUGGGAACAUGGUGCCUCAUUUGCAAGAGUUUGUCAUGAUAGUAAGGGGUAUUUACAUAGCUGGCACAAGCAAGUAAAGGUGUUGGGAAGAUGAGAGACAUGCUAGAAGUAUGGAGGGGAUCAGCUCAUGAAGGACCCUGCAUACCAUAACAUGAUGUUUGGAUGUACUCUAUAGGUAAUGGGGAAAGAUAUUAAGCUGGGGGGAAAUUAUCACCUUUGUGUUUAACAAAGAUGCUUCUGGAAUCAUGUACAGUAAAUAGAGUUUUUUGUUCCUUUUUAAAAUCAGACCAUAUAGUAAACUAGAGCUUUAUCUCAAUUACCUGAAUAAACACUCAAAAGAAGCAUUUGUCACUCAUCUUAAAAAAAAAAAUCUAUUGAGCACAGUUUUUAAAAAUUUUGGCUACAUUAAAAAUAUUAUCUUUUUCAGUGUGCAUCAUUUACUUUUAAAAUUCCAAAUUCACCUUCUGUGUCUGUUUACAUGGAAGGGAAUAUAAGGAUGUUCUGUCUUGCAGGUUAAGAUUUGUGGGAUUACUUGGUUGUGCCCAGCAAACAAAAUUACAAAUGUCUCUUCUUUUUGUUAGAUGUGGCAAGGCUUUAUUUCUGUAAUUUAUUCUGUGCUGUUGUUCUGACCAAACCUGAUGAUCCAACGAUCCUUUGUUUAAGAUGAAUUGAUGUAUUUUAAAGUUCAGAUGUACCACAAAUGAAGUUCUUUGGACAUUAGAAAAAUGUCACAAUUACAUACUCACUAACCACUCACCCAUCUUGCUGCAUUUCACAUUGCCUGGUACUGUUGAUAGAAGGAUUUGCUUACAGAUAGAAUUCACAGAGGACCUACAUGAAAUGAGUUAGCAUGUACUUAUGUAGGUACUAACCGUUCAUUGAUUCUUCUUUAAGAUAUAUCCUGUAAUAAAAUGAAAAACAGAGUCUUCAAGAACUUUCAGUAUGAAAUAUCGUUCCAUCCACUAUUACACUUCUAGUGAUUAACUUGCCUUUUUAAUAGCCCUGUGAGAUGUUUUUCUAAUCAGUGCACAUGAGCUGUCAUCAAAACUAGAAUUUCUAAUUCUGAGCCAAAACAGUUGGAGACCAACCAAAUCAGGACCUUUAAUAAGGCUUAUAAGGAAAAACCAUCAAUCAUUCAUUCCCUCUCCCUGGCUCUGCAUACAUUAUUGAAAAAUUUUAUCAAAGUUUUUAUACUAAAAAGCCUUUUACGAAAUUUGAAUGGCAUACAUAUUAGCAUGUAGUAUUAUCUAAUCAAAAUUUGAUUUGCAAGGGUGAAUCAGCUAAUAUAUUCAUAAUUUUAAUCCUGUUAACAACUCUGAAAUUGGCUGAUAAUUACCUUAGAAUUAGAGGCCCUAAUUUGUACAUUGGUAAUGUGUUUCCAGUCACCAGCUAAUGUAAUAACAAUAAUAAAUUAUACUUCUAUCUUCAUUCAGAUCAUGAUGGACAGCUGAAUUAGGAUGUUUUCACCAGAACUGAAUAUCAUACUUUUCCCCUGAAUAUUAAGUUAAAACCUUGUAAAGUUUCUGAACAUUCAAGGCCAUGUUUAGUGCUGUGCUAGUCAAGACUUAUCAUGUUCCCAGUGGUUUUAAUUUGGUUAAAAUCUGUGCCUUAGAUAGUCUUAUCAGCAUCACUAUCACUGUCAGCAAAGUUUCCCCCGUGUAGUACCAAACAAAACUGCCUUGUAAACAUACAUGAAAGCCAAAAAGUUGGCUGUGUAGCUUUGCCUGCAUUUAUAGCAGGCAUCCAUCUAAUUCACAUAGUCAGAGAGGCCUCAUAAAGAAAAUUCCAUUGCCUCCAAAUAUUUCUAAGGAUGUGUUUUAAAUCUAUGCAAUAAGAGUAAAUUAAUUAUGUUAACCCAAAGGAUUUUAAACACCUUCUUAAAUUGCAGAAGCCUUUGCUGAACAAACUUAAAACCUUAAAGCAUAAAGAUAGAUCAACAACUGUUUUGUCUGAAGUAUACUACAAAUGCUAUCACAUACGGUGAUUUAUCAUAUAGGAAUUUUUAAGUCACUGAAAUAAGUUCAUAACAUUGUACAUAAAUUUCACACUUUAUUUAUCGACUCUGUUUUUUCCUGCAAAAAAUAAUAGCUUGUAAAAAUGAAGCGAAUACUGAGCGUUUCCUUUCAUGUCAGCAACUCUUCCAAGUGCUUUCUGUGAAUUGUCCCCUGUAAUCUAACAGUGUCAAGUACUAUUUUACAGGUGGGGAAACUGAAGCACUGAAAUAUUAGCUUUGUUGCCCAGGAUCACAAAGCCCGUAAGCAGUGGAGUUGGGAUUUAUUUUUUCCUCUGGCCAUCUGCCUCCAAAGCCCAUGUGCUUGCCACUCAUACACUCCUACCUACAGUGAAGAGAGGCUUUUGUACCAGCAGCUCAGAAUUCACAAGUCUGCUAUGGAGAGAUUUUUUUUUUAAUCAGACAUACUUGAAAAAAAUUUAGCAGAGCAUUAGUUGCCUGAUGACUUUCUAAUAAAUUAGCCCAAGGGCCAGGGUCAUUUAUUUUUUUUCUUAUUACCUUUUUUGAUACCUCCUGAUGAAUUGCUGAAGGAAAUGCAGUUAGAGCUGGAUUCUCAACCCCAGCUGCACACCGGAAUCACCUGGGAGUCUAUAAAAAGUACUUGUGCUUUGGUGCCACAUAUUGAGGGUCAAGGUAAUUGGUGUCAGUUGUAGCCUAGAUGCUGGGAUUUUGUUUGGUUUUGAGUUUUUUAAAAAGCUCCCUAGGUGUUUCCUGUACAGCCAAGGCUGAGAGGACUGCUCUGAAAGCUGAGCUACUGCGCUUAUGCAUUUUUCUACAUAAGGUGUGCAGCUACAUAGGUGCAACUGGCAGAGUAGGGUGAGCCACAAAAGUGAAAUCAUUCUGUUUUUCUGUAAUAGGACCUCUUAGUAAUCCUGAGUAUUUAAUAUUCUCAUAUCACUCCAUAGAACCCAGUAAUUCCCUAAGAAUUGGCAAAUGAAUUCUUGAACAAUUAUCUAGGUGUUCCCAUUCAUUGUACAUAUGUUUUAUGAUCCCUGGCCUUAUAACAUGUUUGUGAUUUGAGAGGCAAUAAAAUCUCCAAGUUUGGAAAAGCACUGGAUCAUAGAACAUGGACUGAAAGUGGACAAAUUCUGUUGAAAGGAAACAUUUGUUGAUGUUAAUUAGCUGCAGUGGUAAAAGAAGCCUAUUCUUUAUAUGGAGCUCUUGAUAUUUCUUUAGUAGCACACACUACAGCUUUUAGCUGGAGGACAUGUCAUAUGUAAGCCCUUCCUUAUGACUGUGACAGAGCAAAAUGGCUAGUGUCCAGGAAGGCAGCCACAGCCCUAGCAAAUAUAAAUAAAUAAAGAUGAUAAUAACUUACAUG